AGCCCAGUGCAGUUUGUCCGUUCCAGCGGACCAUAGUUUGGCUCAGAGUCAGAUCAGAGUCAUAUCAACACUGAUCCGGCGUCAGUGUUGGAGUGUCGUGUGUCCUUGAACAGCGUAGAUCUACAGCCCACAGACAUGAACCACCUGCUGAAACUGCCGGUUCUGGCCCGUCGAGCCUUCAGCAGCUCAGCCAGAACCCUGAACAACAGAGUCCCAGAGGCCCAGAAACUGUUCCAGGCUGAUAAUGGACUACCGGUCCACAUUAAAGGAGGAACAGGAGACGUCCUGCUCUAUCGUUUCACCAUGACCAUCACUUUGGGAGGUACCUGCUACUCUCUGUACUGGCUGCUGUUGGCUUCGAUGCCGCAGAAGAAGGCGUGAAGUUGAAUCCUCCUCAGCUGUUGAACGCAGACUCAGACUCACUGCAGUUGUUGAAUCAUUCUGUUGGAUUUGAACGUGUCAUUAAAGUGACUGAAUCUGUUCAACUGUAAAAACAUUUGA